AUGGCCAAAAUAGAGCUUAUCUACUUUUCCUGCCACGGUCGAGUUUUCGUCAUUCGGACUCUUCUAGAGCUUAGUGGAAUUGAGUUCGAAGACACCCGGUUGGAAUGGCGCUCGGAGAAGUUCGCGUCGCAGAAAGACGAGUUUCCUCUUGGCCAGCUUCCAGUCUUGAAAGUUGACGGCGUGUCAUUUUCUCAGACGAAGGCAAUUAUCGCUUUUUGCCUGAAGCAGACGACGUUCAAGAAGCUCAAGGGCGUCGAAAGUCUCAAGGCGGACAUGGUCUAUGAAAGUAUCGAAGAGGCUUGGAUGAAAAUGCUCAAACCGGGCUAUGUAGCUAAAGCAGCUGUUGACCAGGACGAUUUGACUGAACAAGGACGAGUGUUUUACAAGGCCGUAAAAGCUGGAGCAGUGGAAGCAUUCAUUCAAAUCGAGAAAAUCCUCAAAUAUGCUCAUGUGACCGACAUGGUCAUCGGCGGUAAACGAUCAGUGGCAGAUCUUAUGCUUCUCAACUUGUGGAUCUUUGUUGAUGAUCCAAGAGUUAACGUACAUGGAUAUUUCAAGGAGAACUGUCCAACUGGGGUCAAAGUCGUGGAGAGAUUGAUGCAAGAUCCGAAGAUCGAAGAAAUUGUAGCAAAAGCGCGUCAAGUGAGAUUUCUGCCGUACUGA